ACUACUCUGUGGUAUGAGUAACAAAUAUUAAAUGUGACAACUCGGCUUUUAAACGAGUAAACGAGAAUGUUCAUGAAACACAAGAAAUCAUGAAUUCUGCGUUAAAAUAUAUGUAUGCAUAUUUAAUUGUGGUAGAUUUAUUGUAUACAAUAGGUCGAUAGGAACAAAUUUGUAGGUUAGGUAUGCCGAUCGAAAGCGUCGUUGUGGAAUGUCAAAUUUUCACAAAUAUCGAUUUGACGUAUUGUUCAAUAAGUGAUGCCGGGCCUUGCGCGUAUGUAAUGAUUCUAUAGCCAGCAACCACGAAUUUAGAGUAUGUGAGCACAAAUCUGAUUGUUUAUGGGUGUUUAAAAUACUAAUUAAAAUUUCUUAACACAAUAUGAUUUGUGGCAUCUUUACACCUAGAAAGUAAAGACAAUGGAUUCAGCAAUUAGUGUAAAAAAUGAAUGGAUGCCAGUAAAACUCAAUGUAACGAAUGGACUACAUCCUUUGGUGAAUGAGAAACUGGAUUCUCGUUAUUCAUCAAUUAAAGAUGUAAAUUUUGUCAUUGAUGGUAUACGUUCUGAAUGUAUAGAACCAAAGUUAAAUUCGGAAAUGUUUAACUCUAAACGAAAUAAAAAUGUACAUCAAGUACAACAGAAGCCUAAUGACUUAUCCUGUCGAGAAAGACAAGGUAGCAAUAAUUCAUAUAGUUUACAACCAAGAAAAAUAAAUCAUCGGGGACAAUUGGAUGUAAUUGACAUGCAUGAAGAGAAAUCAGUAAGUUAUAAAUAUCUCAUGGUGUACGAGGAACAAUUCUCCAAAUUUAUUGUACUUAAGGCACUACGAAGUUGUACCGUGAAGGAAGUAGCAUAUAAAUUGCUAGAUGCACUAGCGAUAAUUGGAGCACCUAAAGUUUUACAAAGUGGAAAUGGUUGCGACUUUGCUGAAGCAGUUGUACAUGAAUUACAAGUAUUAUGGCAAGAUAUUGAAAUAAUUCAUGAAAAUGUUUUAAUAUGCGGUGACCACAGGGAUUUUAAAAAGCUAGUGGCUUCUUGGCUGGCUAAGAAUCCAUCAAAACUAUGGUUCGAAGGUCUCAAAGCCGUUCAAAUAAUUGAAAAUGCAACUUUUUAUUGUAGAAAUGGUAAGACACCUUCUAAUUUGCUAUUUGGACACAAUAUAUACGAAGAAUUUAAGAUUUCUCUCCCUAAGAAUUCGUCGAGAAGUAUUUUAAAAGAGGAAGAUUUAGCAAAUGCUGUCGACAAUACAGACACCAAUAUUAAUAAAGUAUUUGUUAACUGUCAUGCUAUGGAAGUUGUAGAUGUUAAAAUUGACAAGGAUGUCGAAAGUCGUUAUCAUGUAGAAGGAAAUGAUUCAUACGACAUGCAAUAUGGGGCUGAUACAGAUAGACUGGUUGUACGUAAUGACAGUAUUAACGUUUUUGAUUUUGUCAAUGUCAGAACCGAAGUAUUAAGUGGAGGGCAAUUGGAUGAUUCACUGUCAGAGGAAGAAACAGACUUAGCUGCUCGGAAAUUAAAGAUUAUCAUUGAUAAGUAUCAUCUUAAAUGCAAAAUUUGUGAAAAACAAUACAUGAAAUUGGGCCACUUAAAAAAUCAUAUAAAAGCCCACUUGAGUGCGGGUCGAAUUGACUGUAGAUUCUGCCAGAAAACAUUUCGUGCCUCAGAUCAGUUUGAGAAACACAUGGAAGAAGUACACAAUGAGAAAAAUAUUUUUGAAACUACCAGUUUCGAGUCUACCAUAAAGACAGAGAAGAAGGUGCAUGAGGAAUUAGAGGAAAGCAGUUUGCAAACUAGAUUAAAAAAGACAGAGCUACAAUCUACCAAAACCUCCAAAAGAAAUCGAACCUCUAUAUCACGACUUUCCCAGAAAGAUGGAAUAACAUCCAUGAACAAAACCAGUAAAUUAAUGAAACGCGCUAGCCUACUAGUUAAACGAAAAUUCAGAGAGUCUCGCACUACAAAGUCUAAUGGCGCACCUUUAUUAGAAUGUACAUAUUGCGAACAAAAAUUCGAGUUCCCAAGUGUUUUAAAGAGACACAUCAGAUCACACACAAACGAGAGACCCUACGUGUGUCAAAUUUGUCAAAAGAGUUUUAAACAGUUAGGUCAUCUAAGUCAGCAUUCAAUAACACAUGUUGAUUAUAGAUCCUUUCUGUGUGGGGUGUGCGGAGUGAAGUUCGAAUCACUGGACACCCUGAAGACUCACACUCAAACACACCAGGGAGAAUCAGAAUCGUACAGGCCAAAAGAAGUCUUUCGUCUUUUUGAGUGCGAUAGCUGUAAGAAGGUUUUCACAACGAAGAGCGUAUUGGAACGUCACAUAUUCACUCACACUCAUGAACGGCAGUUUGGUUGCAAAGUUUGUGGCAAACGUUUCAAGCAAGCUGGCCAUGUGAAAUCUCACAUGUUGGUACACACCGGUGAAAGAAGAUUCGAGUGCACAGUUUGUUCGAAGCGCUUCAGUUUAGCAAAUUCACUGAAGAAACACAUGUAUAUCCAUAACGGUGAAAAGCCUUAUCAAUGUGACGUGUGCGGAGCCAGGUUUUUAGAGAAGCGUAAUCUCAAUGGGCAUCUUAUGACUCAUACAAAUGAACGUCCUUAUUCUUGUAAGAUUUGUGGUAAACGGUAUACACUAGCCGAUACUUUACGGCGACACAUUAGUGCAGCUCACGAGGAUGGUCGGACCUAUCAGUGCGAGAUCUGUGCCAAGAUGUUUAAACAACUCGCUCAUCUGUCAGUGCAUAAAAAAGUGCAUAAUGACGAACGACCUUUUCAGUGUCAUCUUUGUGACAAGAACUUCAAACACAAAAACGUGUUGAAGUCCCAUCUGGCUAUCCAUGCUAAUGUCCGUCCUUUUGAGUGCGAUGUGUGCAAGGCAACGUUUGUAAGAAAAACGAAUCUCCAAACUCACAUUGCUUCGGCACACAUGAACGAACGACCCUAUGCCUGCACAAUCUGCGAGAAACGUUUUAAACAGAUAAGUCACUUAAAUGGCCACGUGGUCGUGCACAGUAAUUCUAUGCCAUUCCAAUGCGACUUCUGCGAUCGCCGAUGUAACCGACUGGACAAUCUCAAGAAACAUAUGAGAUUACACACAAAAAAUAAGGAAUGAAGCUUUUUUGCUAGAGUUUUCUAACUUAAAGAAGUAAAAUGAGACUGAUGAUAUAUAUAAAGAGCAAAGAGUGGAGGACCACAGAUUUAAUUGGUUCAGUAAUUUCAAGAAGUACACCGAACUAUGCAGACAUUGAACAAUCACACGAGUGUUUCAAUUUAUAAAUUUCAACUGCAUUAAUUAAUAAAAUGAGAUUAUUAUAUGGAUUGAUGAGUCGAUAAUUAAAAAUUAUGAAUAAAGCGAGCGAUAUUCAAGCGAGAAAUUUAGUGGAUUAGCAAUAAGGUAAUUAUUAUCUCGUGGCAACUGCAAAUACAAUGACGAGCG